UUCACUGAGCAACUCACGGUAAAACUAGCUGGAAUCUGGAUGCAUGUAGUCACUGUAGUCAGAAGAGUCAACCGCUGUGGAUAUUUGUGUAUUGUAUCUUUAGGUUCAUACAAUUUGAAGGCCGAGAAGAAAUAUGACAAGUCCUCUGUCUCUCCUGUUCGGUCUGACAACAUUGGCUGUGGUUUCAUCUCUGGUCUACAGUAGUGCUUCUAGCACUAAGAAUGAAGAAGACUGCCACUUGUCGCAGAUGGCGGUCCCAAAGAUUCUAGACCAAACCACUGUGAGGCUUCAAAGCCCAGAAUUCAUUGCUGAUGAUGUCAACGAGCCACGAGUAACAUGUGGGAUCGAGUGCCAAAAAAACCUGCCAGAACUGAGGCCUGCUGAGCUGAAUCGACUACUGUCUUAUGAAACAAUCUACGAGAACGGAACGCGCACCUUCACCAAAAUCAAACUGGAAGGGGUCAUUGAAUUAAGGAAUGUAUCUUCAGUUUUCUGCAAUCCAGGACACCUCAAACGCAGAAAACGUCAGGUCUAUGGCAUGGACGGACGCUUUGUGAUCACAGAUAAACACUUCACAACCAACUACCCGUUUUCAGCCUCAGUGAAGAUUUCUACUGGAUGCUCAGGGAUCCUGGUUUCUCCAAGACACGUACUGACUGCUGCACACUGUGUCCAUGAUGGCCAAGGCUACCUGAAAGGGACCAGGAAGCUCAGAGUUGGUUUCCUGAAACUUAAUUCCAGGCGUAGUGGAGGGCGCCAACGAGGAGGCAGGAGGAGAGGAGAAAAGAGGAAAGAAAGUGAAGUGGGAAAUGAAGAAGAUGCAGCCACUGAAAGAGGGCAAGUUAAAAGAGAAUGGGAACACAAGCAGAAAAGGAAGAACCAUUUCAGGCAUAGUUCUGAUUCAUAUCAGUCCAGAUUAACAGGUACAGAUUCCAGACAGCCAAUGUUCCGGUGGACACGCACCAAAGUAAUACAAGUGCCUACUGGCUGGAUGAGGAGAGUAGGCAAUGAGGUCUCGAUUGACUUUGAUUACGCCCUACUGGAGCUCAAACGACCCCAUAAGAUGAAGUACAUGGAAUUAGGAGUUGUUCCUGUUGUCAGGGACAUCCCUGGAGGUAGAAUCCACUUCUCAGGUUUUGAUAAUGACCAGUCAGGGGUGGUCUACCGAUUCUGUUCAGUUCUAGAAGAAUCAAAUGACCUCAUGUACCAGUACUGUGAUGCACAAAAGGGGUCCAGUGGAGCUGGUGUGUAUGUAAGGCUAAGAGAGGAAGACAGGAGUAUUGGAGGAAAAGAGAAAUGGAAGAGGAAGGUAAUUGGUGUGUUCUCUGGACACCAAUGGGUGGAUGUUGAUGGAAUACAGAAGGACUAUAAUGUGGCAAUCAGAAUAACACCCACAAAAUAUGCCCAGAUAUGCCACUGGAUUCAUGGAAAUGCCAGCCAGUGUAGACUGGCCUGAGAAGUCACUUAAGACACAUUCUCUGGUGAAAGUAACCACAUCUAACUUUGUGUCAACAGGUCCUAGACUGCUGGGAUGGUCUUUGGAUAGAAGCACGAGUGAACACUAGUCAUGUUUGUUGCCAAAAGUCCAUGAACUUGACUGGGUUUUAAUACUGUACGCACACACAACCAUAGGAUCUCUUGGAGUUUAUUUCAAAAGAUAAAGUUAGAUGCUGUAGGAUUAAUUUCUUGAGCCUGAGGCUGUUGGUUUUGUAACAUCAUGUUCAGGUCAAGUUUAUGUCCCAAUACCAAUAUCCCCAGCUGAGGCCAAAGUAAUUCAGUUAAGUCCUGAAACAAAGCAAAAACAACCUGAUAUUCUAAAUUAUUUAUGCAAAAUUUACAAAUUUCCUGUAGUUGUUAGGAAAUGGUUGUACAUUAUAAACUUAUAUGAUCAGUAAAUUUGGGUAUUUUUCAAAAGGUUCUCCAGCAGAUACCUAAUCAUUGGACAUUUGUUCAUCUAUUUUCAAUUAAGAAAUUAUAGUCUAACUGCAUUAGUAUUUAAUUGAAUGCAUUUGUCUUAUAAAGCUAAUUCACUUUCAGUUCAGUCAAUAAUUUUAAAUGCAUUACAAUAGUUACCUUUAUCCAUUUUCAGAUGCACUGCUUUUUGCUAUAAUCUGUUGAACUGCUACAAAACACACUUAGGUCCCGUUUACACCUGGUAUUAACAAGCAUUUUGGGUGAUCUAGUUAAAAUGGGACAAUGCUAGAGACAGGUGUAAAUGGGAUACAAAACAUUUGAUAAUCGUCCACUUCAACUGCAUUCGGAGGUAGCUGAAAGUGGUUGAAAACCACGUCGGGGUCGCUUAUCCAUUCAAACAGCAAUGAAGCGCCAUCUCAUCACCCUUAUCAACUAAUGCACUAAAACGAGUUUAAAACUUUGCCAGUUACAUGUGGCUUUAAAAGGAAAUGACCAUCUAAUUGACAUUUUUAAAAAACUAAUACAUUAAUGCACAACACUUCUUCAGUAUGCCAGUUAUCGACAUGUAGCAAAACAUAAGCACACGCAUAUGAAGGUCAGUAAAUAAAGGUACUCCACUAAAAUAAUUUAGCUCUAAACGUCAUGUUUGCACUCAGAUUAAGUACAAGUAUAAUUAAGAUAAACGUGCACCAGUUUUAAGCACCUUCUCUCUUUAAUUUGUGUACUUUAUAAUCAUUCUGUAAUACACUGACGUAGUGACUGAUGUCUUCAAAUCAAAGAGACUCCUCAAAAUCCAAACAAGUGUUCAAAAGAUGUAUCACAAUCAGGUGUAAAUGGUGAUGAGU